GUAUGCACUUGCAACGGCCAUUCCCAACGAUGGAGGCAGCUGCGAAGAAGUACGUGGCGCUCGUCGCCAAGGCCGCGCCCGUGUCUCUCGACUCUGCGGCGCAGUGGGCGGAUGACACCAAGAUGCAAGCUCUUCUGCGGCACAAGCUGCUUCCAGGGCUCCAAGCGGGACUCCGCGCAGAGAACACGAGUCUUCUCGCCCUUCUCGGCGCGUUUAGCAUCAUCUUGGCCGUCGAAACCCUCGCCUUGGCGCCCACUCCAGAGGCCCGCAGUACUCUACUGACCGAGGUUGCCGACGCUAGCACGGCACUACAGCUUGUCUCGCCGUGGAGCACGUGCGUCGAGUCCAACGUGUGCUUUUACUUGUACCUUUGGGUGCUUUCGCCGCACCUCUCAUACAGCGAGCAAGCGCCCGCACUGCUCGCCUCGUGGCUCACACGCCUCGAAACGGAAGCUGGGAACGACAUAUCGGCCGCGGGUCUACUUUGCCCCAUGCGGUGGCCAUCGCCUCUGCCGUUCGCAGCCAACGUCCAGGGCAAGAGCUUUCUCGAAGUGCUUGGCACCGCGGCGUCGACGUCGGUGCUUCCUGCGUGGCCUCCAUUGACCAACGUGUGGGGACUGCUGCUUCUUCCUUUUGUGCCCGACGAGCCGUGGUGGUCGCUUGCUGCGAUGCUGGGCAGCUACAUUACCAGCGGCGACCGACCACAAUUGAAUGAAGCGACACUCUUGACGACGAUUUUAAACCGGCUCGUCCAAGCGUACGACCUGCCGCCCCUCGUCCCGGCAACGACGUCUUUCGAUGCGUCUGUGCUCACUGCCCUUUUCCAAACGACCUCGCGCGCGAUGGCGACGGCCACGCCUGCUCUCUCGGUCAAUGACGCAUCCGCACUGCUGUGCAUGGUGCACUUGUGUUGCCGCGGCGCAUCAAACAUGCCCGUCGUCGCCCUUUUCUCAAACGCCAGUGCGUCGCUGCCUGCGAGGGCCUUGGCCGGCGUGUGCGAGAUCCUACAAUUUCUUGUGGAUCCGCCAGCGCCAUACCAGACCCGCGUGACCGUCGGAGACGACUUGGCGACACUCGCAUCGACGACCGUGCGAUUUCUCUUCUGCACGCCCCCGAGCACAGAAAGCUGUCUCGAGCUCUGGCGCCUUCUUGUGGUACUGCUGCACCAGCCAGCGUAUCCUUGGUCCUUGACACUCAGCAAUACGACGCUCCUCGACGUGUGCAUCAGCGCUCUCGCCGGACCUCAUUCGGACGCAGAGGCCAAUGUUGCGUUCCGCGUCUGGGCCCGUGUCUUGCAAGAGUCCAAAGACGCGACGUCGUCGCAUGACGUCCGCAGCGUUCUGCAGCAGCUGCUCGAGACGCUUCCAAGCGCGCUCGGUACCGCGCCGGCAUCGGCAAUCGUGGCGCGUCUCGCUGUCAUUGCUCACUAUGCACCUUUGUACCCGGAGAUGCGUCCAUUGGUGCUCUCGGCGGUCAACGCAGGAACGGAGUGGGUGCUCUGGUCUUAUGCCGCGCCCAUGGCGCCACCAUCGCUGCUUUUCCCACACGCAACCUCAUCGUUGGGACCGGACGACCUCGAGGAUGUUCACCAGAGUCUCUAUGACAAAACGCUCGAGCUCGCGACGCCCUUCUCUCGUGCGACAGCGCCGCCUGCCUGCGACGAGACGCGCCCACUGGAUGAUUCAGCGACGUCGCGUUUGGCUCACAGCGUUGUACCGGUCGAUGGCACGGCGGCGAGUGUCUUCGUCUUUCAUAUCCUGCGCGACUGUAGCAUCGCAAUGCUUCACGACAAACCGUCAUCUCUCUCGGACGUCCUUUCGCCUUUCCUGCGGUCGCUGCGACUCACCUGUGCGCUGCCGCUCGUGGCACUCGGCGACCCUUUGUUUGUGUUCGAUCUCGUGCAAACUCUUUGGCUCGUCGCCGCAGCCACCCGACGUUUCGAUGCAAGUACGGCCUUGGAGGAGCCCACGGCAUGGCAUCGCUGCGGCCGCCUCUUUCGCUUGUAUGCUGCCAUCUUCCGUCGCCUCGAGUUGGGCGAGCUCCCGCCUCGGACAGACCUCGUUCGAGCGCUUUGCAUGGCUCUACUUCCGUGCGUCAAGGCGCUCGGACUCUUCAAGGCAUCGGGCGGGCGCUGGAAACGGGACUAUAAGUCCGUACUACAACGCCUCGUGAGUAGCCUGACGUGGAGCCUCGACGCAGUGAGCUCUGACGACGUGACUGCACUCGCAGCACUGCUUCUUCAGCUUUUGACCGCCAUUGCAAGCAAGUUUAUUGUGCAAGCAAAAUGGCUCAUGCGAAGCCACAUGCCGCAAUUGGUCGCCCUUCUCGGGCAUGCAGACGCGAGCGAGCGGCAGAGCUUUGUCAUCGACAUCCUCGAUCUUCUUCGGUUCACAGCCAUGCCCACUCAAACGGAGCUCACAGCCGCAAUGCGGCGACCCUCGGAUGAAGCGAUGGCAACAGCUAUGCCAACCAGUGACCAUGCCAUUUCAAGUGCUUACUUGGCCUAUUUGGAGUCGACGCUUCCUGCGUAG